GCUGUCUGACCUUUCGGAGUUCCGUAGGCGUUGUUCAUAAGCUGUGAUAACAGCGUCUACAAUCCAAAGCAAAGGGCCCUUUUCUUCUGAUAGUGUGAGGAAAAAGAGCCACCAAAAAUGACAACAGCCGCGAGACCGACGUUUGAGCCAGCGAGAGGAGGGAGAGGGAAGGGAGAGGGCGAUCUCAGUGCGUUGUCCAAACAGUACUCAAGCCGAGAUCUGCCUGGUCACACUAAGAUCAAGUACAGGCAGCUCACCCAGGAUGCCCCCGAGGAGGUGCGUGCCCGGGACUUCCGCAGGGAGCUGGAGGAGAGGGAGCGUGUUGCUGUCCGGGAGAAGACUAGAGAGAGGGGACCGAGAGAACACACCACAUCCUCAUCCUCUAAGAGGCCCAGACUAGAUCAAAUCCCUGCUGCCAACCUGGAUGCAGAUGACCCUCUCACUGAUGAUGAGGAGGAGGAUGAUGACUCUGAGGAGGACAGUGAUGACGAUGACACUGCGGCUCUGCUGGCUGAAUUGGAGAAAAUCAAGAAGGAGCGGGCUGAGGAGCAGGAACGCAAGGAGCGGGAGCAGAAAGCAGAGGAGGAGAGGAUCCGCAUGGAGAACAUCCUUAGUGGGAAUCCUCUGCUCAACCUGGCUGGACAGCAGCAGCAGCAGCAGCAACAACAGAUAGUCCCCACCCCGACUGCCUUCAGCGUCAAGAGAAGGUGGGACGAUGACGUCGUGUUCAAGAACUGUGCAAAGGGAGUGGAUGAGGCACGCCGGGAGAAACGCUUUGUCAACGACACUCUGCGCUCCGAGUUCCACAAGAAAUUCAUGGAGAAAUAUGUGAAGUAGGACUUGCAGCUCUGCUAUGAAGGUGUUCCAUUUCUCUCUGCUCUGUUCCCAGUUCUAAGAGGACAAGGAGGACGUGAUAGAGAUUGGUCUGAAAACAUUGAGUGAGCUUGAAGAAUGGUGUCAUCCGUUGACAUGGAACACGCACAAAAUCCUCUGUAUAUAAAGUAAUCUAAUGCCUGACCUGAAAACAAAUUUCAACUAGUUUUGUUUCGUGUAUAAUAAUUUUCCACCCCUGAAAGGAAUGGUUGCAAUAGUGACAUCAUCGAUGUCAACUUGUUGUUAUUUAACUUUUACCUUUUUUAAGCGCCAAUGUUAAUAAACAACAACAAAAAAGAAAACCCUAUGUCUGUGAGAGGGCCUUGAUGCUUUUUUCAAUGAUUUCAGCUUUGUGCCCGGGUUAGAAUUCUGCAAUGACUUCCAUUAAAAGCUCGGCAGCAAGCCUUUUUUUCUGUCCUUUAAAAAAAACAAGGGCUUUUAAUUGAGGAGAUGAAGAGGAGGUUCAAGCCUUUCUGUAGAGGAAGUUAAGUCUAACUGAAGUGAAGUUUAUGUUCAAUUUAGGCUAAGAUUCAAUCAGUUCUGGAGAUAACCCAGGAUAACUGACAACUGCAUAGCAGUUGCAUUGUUAUUAUUUAGGCAAUGUCGAGGUGUAACUGCGUUGAAGCUAUCAAAUCUGUGAGCGGCUGCUCUUGUCAUUGUCACGAAACCACAUCCGUCCUUAAAUCCCUCUCGCGUUAGAAGUUCAGAACGAGAAAGUGUAGGCUAUAUGGAAAUCGUGAAACAUAAUAAGGGUUGAUAUCAGCCUAAUUGAGGUGUAGAUUACAACACACAUUCCAGUGUUUGAACUUGUAACAGGCUGCGUGGGAUUUAUCCUAAUGUGACUUGUGCAUCCAAUGUCAAUGUCAACGAUAGGUAUAAUGGGAGCCACUUGCUGAUUUCACAGCUCCAACACAGUUACACACCCAACAUCUCCUAAAUAAUAAACAAUGAAACUGCUAUGCAGUUGUCAGUUAUCACGGGUUAAGGAGGAUCUGAUUGAAUCAAGCCCACGCCUGUGAGCCCAGAAUUAGGACUCUGGGGUAGAAGUAACAUAAUAAAUGUAAAUCUGUCUCCAUACAUUUAGUAUAUGUUACAUACUGUAUGUAUUAAUUCAUUGAAAUUCCUAAGUGGUCCGUGAUGAGAUUUGAACACGCAACCUUUGGGUUGCUAGACGUUUGUUUUUCUACGCCCCCGCCCUGACCAACCUCCCUCCUUUUUAGUUUUUGCCUCAAGUAACCUGUCUUAUGUAACUAUGUAACCAAAUGUUAAAAAAAAUCUUUGUCCCCUUGAGCAAGGCACUUAAACGUGAUUGCUCCUGUAAGUCGCUCUGCAUAACUUAAAUGUAACGUGACAUACUAAUUUGAGUGUCCCGGAUUUAUAUUUGCUAUGUUAUGUCUAGUCUGAUUUGUAAGUCGCUCUGGAUAAGAGCGUCUGCUAAAUGACUUAAAUGUAAAAAUGUAAAUGUCUGAGACCAGGCUGAUAUUGUUCACCACACAGUUCAACAUUGCAGAGAAACAUUAAAAGAUUCAAAGAGAACUGUUGUCUGCUAAGCUGUUCCCACUGAAUAAUGGUCUUUUUAGAGCAAAGGUAUGGUUUCUCGCAUGUGAAUUUAAACUUGCCAGAAAUAAUUUUGUCUCAUGGUGAAAAUGGAAAGCAUCUGUAUAUUUGUAUAUAUACUGAACAAAAAUAUAAACGCAACAUGUAAAGUGUUGGUUGCAAUGUGUAAAGUGUUAGUUUCAUGAGCUGAAAUAAAAGGUCCCAGAAAUGUUCCAUACGCACAAAAAACGUAUUUCUCUCAAAUUCUAUGCAGAAAGUUGUUUACAUCCAUGUAAGUGAGCAUUUGUCUUUCGCCAAGAAAUCCACCUGACAGGUGUGGCAUAUCAAGAAGCUGAUUAAACAGCAUGAUCAUUACACAGGUGCACCUUGUGCUGGGGACAAUAACACCACUCUAAAAUGUGAAGUUUUGGCACACAACACAAUGCCACAGAUGGAUUUGAAGUUUUGAAGGAGCAUGCAAUUGGCAUGCUGACUGCAGGAAUGUCCGUCAGAGAAUUGAAUGUUCAUUUCUCUACCAUAAGCUACCAUACACAGCAAUUUGAAUGCUCAAACAUACUGUGACUAGAUCCUGAGGCCAAUUUAUUUUUUUUGGUAUCUGUGACCAACAGAUUCAUAUCUCUAUUUCCAGUCAUGUAAAUCCAUAUAUUAGGGCCUAAUGAAUUUUUCAAUUGACUGAUUUCCAUAUAUGAACUGUAAAAUUGUUGAAAUUGUUGCAUGUUGAUAUUUUUGUUCAGUAUACUUUUUCAGCUCCUAGUGGAGCAAAGGUCCUCAGCGGUUCAUCUUCACUCCAGUGAACUCUGUUCUACGCGGUUUUCUGGACUUCAUUCCAUGUGGUUCCUGCUUUCAUCUUCUACUUACUUCAGUGGUAGUAGUAAAGAAUGGUACACACUGUUUUCGGGAGUAUGGGAGUAUGUCUUUUGGCGAAACAUAGCAAAAUUGUUUACUGGCUGAAUGCAACCCAUGUUUUGGUUUGUUCAAUUAUGUUUUUCAGUAAAUGUACAAUGUUACUUUGCUAACCUAGUAAACAAGGUUUUCAACCAUUUUCAGAGGAAAUGGAAAUAAAAUAAGAGCGAAUUCA